UAUAUGCCUUAAUCAGAAAGCAAGCUUAGUUAUACAUGGAAAAUUUUUAAAGGAAAAUUCGGGAUUUUUUCGAGAUUUUGGAUUUCGAGAUUUUGGACGGCACCCGAAUAAUGAUAUGCGUGCUAUAUGCUCGAGCAAAGUCACUACUUUUGGAUACAAAGAUUAA